AUGUCGGAUCUCGGCUCUGAAGAGAUCGAAGAGGAGGCAGAGAAUGAUUUGGGGGAAUAUGAAGGUGAACGCAAUGAAGCUGGUGAACGGCAUGGCCAUGGAAAGGCCAGAUUACCCAAUGGUGAUACCUAUGAAGGAGAAUAUGCAAAUGGUAAAAGAAAUGGGCAGGGACUAUACAGAUUUAAAAAUGGUGCACGCUACACAGGAGAAUAUUUUGACAAUAAAAAACAUGGCCAUGGUGUCUUUAUAUAUCCUGAUGGAUCCAAAUAUGAAGGAGACUGGGUGGAGGACCAAAGACAUGGUAAUGGAGUUUACUACUAUGUAAAUGGAGAUACAUAUACUGGAGAGUGGUUCAAUCACUACAGGCAUGGACAAGGUACAUAUUUCUAUGCACUAACUGGCUCUAAAUAUGUUGGCACCUGGGCAAAUGGACAACAAGAAGGAUCUGCUGAAGUCGUACACCUCAACCAUAGAUUCCAGGGGAAGUUUGUGAAUAAACAUCCAAUGGGCCAUGGGAAGUAUAUAUUUGAUAUCGGAUGUGAACAACAUGGUGAAUACUGUCAUGAGGAAAAAGUAGAAGAGGAGGAGGAGGAGGAAAUUUUGGCACCAGUUAUUCCAAAAUGGAAAGCAGAAAAAAUUACUAACCUAAUACUCUGGGCACCUGAAGAACCACCUCCUCUUGAACCGACCCCAGUAGUAACUAUACAGGCUCCAUCAGCAGAGGAGUCAGUGGUUCCAGCUGGAGGUGAGACUGCUUCUGAAGCUCCUGCUGAAAGUGCUGAGGCACCUGCAGAGGCCACAGAAAUAUCUCCACCUAAAGAAACUGAGGAAGAAGAUGAGACAGUGAAAGAUGACCUUGGUGAUCAGGCUGCAGUCAUGUCAGAAGAGAAGGAAGAAGAUGCAAAGGAUGCUGAGCCUCAAGACUAGGAGAAAGGAAUGACAAAAAUCACAUAUAACAAAUUGAGGGAUGGUGCAGUCAAGCUUAAGUACUUUUAAGUUCCAUUAAUAUUAACAAAAAAUAAGCACAUGCAACUUUCUCACUGAAAUCAGUGGAACUUAAAAGGAGUUAAUUUAUGUGGAUCUGCAUGGAAACUUUAGUUUUUGAGCCUGUUAUUUGGACUGGUAGCUGAAUGUUUCCAGGAGCAGCCUAAGCCUCACUGUUGUUUGAUGCAAGAGAUCCACCUUGGCCUCUCUUGCUCCUCUUCCUCCAGCCAUGUC